UUUUCCCCUCCCCAUCCUCUGAAUUUGAAACCGGAGGCACCACCUCCUCUCUCUGGAAGGCAUUUUUGGCAUACAGAUACAGGUGGGAAGGGAUUGGCUCACAACGCUCGCUCAACAGCUCAUCCCCUGCUAAACCCCAGACCAAACCAGAUGUUCCCGUUGCGUGAUUCGAACGGCGGCGAGGGGUGAAAAAUUGGAAGAGGGAAGGGGCGGGUGUGAACGCCUGCUCCCCGCCGCAGCCACCGGCGCCCCCUCGCCGGCUAUAAAACCUUCCCUCCCCUCUGUCCUCCCCGUCGCCGCCACCCCCCUCGCGGAAACCCUAAUCCCCUCCUCUCCCAGACUGGUCUCCCCCCCGCUCCCCAACGAUGGUGGAGGACGCGCCGCCUCCAGCCCCAAGGAUGACGCAGGCGGAAGUGCAUGCUGAGGCCGAGCGGCAGAUGCGCGACAUCGGCCAGCGCUUCGUUGCGCUCCCUCAGGACAGAGACGAGUUGCUCAGGCUACUUCAGGAAGCGGACACCUGGUUGGUCAGGGUGGGCCAGUCCCCGCCAGAGAGCACGUUCAACACUCUUCGCCCCACCAUGGCUACUUUGAUUACAAAGGAGCUUCUGGAGCACCCUGAUCCUGACAUCAAGGUUGCUGUUACCUCUUGCUUAACUGAAGUUACCCGGAUCACCGCUCCAGAGGCCCCCUAUGAUGAUGACAUCAUGAAGGAUGUGUUUAAGAGAAUUGUGGAGACUUUUGCUGACUUGGAUGAUAUGGACAGCCCCUCCUUUGCAAGGAGGGCUUCGAUCCUUGAUUCUGUUGCAAGGGUCCGGUGUUGUGUCCUGAUGUUGGAUCUUGACUUGGACCAUCUGAUAGUGGACAUGUUCCGUAAUUUUUUCAAAGCCAUCUCCAUGAAUCAUUCAGAAAAUAUCAUCUACUCUGUGGAAACUAUAAUGAUAUUUUUAAUUCAGGAGAGUGACAAUGUCACUCCAGAACUGGCAUUGUGCCUGCUUCAGAACCUUAAAAAGGAAGCACAUGAAACUCUUCCGGCAGCUUUUGGACUUGCAGAGAGGGUAGUAGAUAAUUGCAAAGACAAGUUGAAACCGGUGUUUAUUGAGUUGCUUAAAGACACUCCCUUAGAUGAGUACAGCAACAUUGUUACAUUGGUGUGCUCAGUUGCUUCAGAUGCCACGGGAAACAACAAUGCAGAUGCGUCUGGAACGGCAGUUGAAGGUAAAAUAUCUGAGAGGGAUGAGUCACCUCAGGAAACUUCAAAGUUGGAGCAAGAUGUAAAUUGCCCAGGACAAGAUGGUACUCGCCCAAGCAGUAAUCCUAUAACUGCCAUUAGCAAUGGUGGUGCUCCAGUCGACAACGUCAAGUCCCCAGAUGGACCAGCUUCUGAACAGAAGCCUGAACUGCCUUCUGGUGAUGAGCAGGCCAAAAUUUCUGAUCAACUGAUAUCUGGUGAUGAAGAAGUGUCAGAUCCAGUCACCACAGAACCUGAAACGUCAUGUGAUCUCAGUUUAAAGAAAAGUCCCAAGCUUGAUUCUUACAUGGUAUCUGAGAUUACUGAACAUUCUAACGUUGUUAAAUACAAUGAGAGUCUUGUUGCAUCUGGAGAGUUAUCCCCAGAGACAAAUGAUGGUGAUGAUGAACAGCCAACAGAGACUGGCAAUAGAGCUAUUGAUGGCACAUCAAAACCUGUUGAUGCUAAGCCUGCUGUGGAUAAACCAAGGCAAGGCCGGCCUCCUGCAGCAAAGUCGCAGGAGAAAAAGCCUUCUGGAAAUAAACAGCGGUCAGACCUAGAAUCCAAAAGGCUUGACCUUGUUAGUGAUUCUGGAGGAAGAGCUACAAGGCGGCUGACGAAAGAUGUUGCUGAGUCUUCAUCAAAAAAGGCUGGUGAAGGAGAAUCUCGGAAGAAGCAACAGAAAGCCAGUUUGAAGCUGCAAAAGGAAGACCCCCUCUCUGAUGAAGAUGAUGAUGAGGAUACCAGUUUGAAGGAAAUGGUGUCGGCGAGCAAGACAGAUAAAACAAAAGGUCAACAAGAGGACAGUGAGGGGUCAAAAAGGAAACGUAUGCAGGAAGCUGAAGAGGCCUCACUGUCAAAGAAAAAUAAAAUUCUUGAUGAAAACCUUGUUGGCUCAAGAAUUAAAGUUUGGUGGCCUGAUGACAAAAUGUUCUAUGAUGGUGUUGUCAAGUCAUUUGAUGCUUCUUCAAAAAAGCACAAGGUUGCCUAUGACGAUGGUGAUACUGAGGUACUACUGCUCAAGAAUGAGAAGUGGGAAUUCAUUACUGAGGAGCAAAACAGCUAUCCUGAUGCACCAUCUGAUACGCCACGUGGCAGAAGAACUAAAGGGAUUUUGCGCCAGCAAACGAAGGAAGGGAAAACAGGAACACCUAAAAGUGGCAGUGAUGAUAGGGAUCUUCCCAAGAAGAGAGGGCGUCCAAAAGGUGUGGGCUCCAGCAAUAGCCCUGUGACUUCAGCCAGACAGAAGGGAAAAAGUGCGGAGAAGGAUACUCAAGAGACACCCAAGACUGGCAGUAACCUUAAGAAGGAAGGUGCAAGGCCCUCUCGAUCCACCAGCAAGACUAAGGAUGCUAUUGUCAAAGCAAGUGACAAGGAUGCUAUUGUCAUGGCAAGCGACAAAGAUGAGGCUGGUAGCACUAGAAGUGCUGACAAGUCAAAGGAUGAGGCUGGCAGUGAAGACCAGGAUUCAAAAGAUGAACUGAAAUCCAGUGAAGCUAUUGAUGGAUCCAAGACAAAUGGUCUUUCAACCAAAAGGAAGCCGAAGGAGAAAGAAGGUGAGUCAUCGGAGGAGCAGGGGUCUACUAAAGCUUCUACUGGAAAGAAGCGCAGAAGAAAGAACCACAACUAGAUGCUCUGAGCUGUGCGGCUCUUCUCAGGGGAUUCCACCCCCUGACAGUCUCAAGAUGUUGGCACGAGGCAUGCCAUGUAUGGCUUCUAUUCCUUGGACCAGUUACCUGCUAGGUCGUGUGGUGAUUGACCAUCAUGAAGCAGCUAGUAGUUGUAGUAGUCUUGAACUCUCAAUAGCAACUGUAAGGUUAGGCGUUACUUUUACUCCUUUCCACGGGCUAUUAAGCAUCUGGCAGAAAAUGGAUUUUCAUGCUUGCUGUGGAUUUAAGUCUUAUCAGAUUUUAAUGUAGCUGGGUUACCUGCUGCCAAAAAACAUGCUAUGUAAUUGGGUUUCCUGUCCCCAGGCUGUUUAAGAAGUGAAUUUUGCCAAAGAAAGGAACGCCAAGUUAUCAUC